CAGUCAUAUUCUAUAGAAAACGUUUUCAAACGCCACAGAUAGAAAUGCCAUAAAUUGAGCGGACGUGAUUGUUUUCUUUUCGGUUCAGAUAUGCAGCUUUGUUCUACGAAGCCUAUUUUUAUCUGAACGUUCCAAAACGGAACAUCCUUCUGAACGCGCCCCAUAUAUGAAAUUCAUGGAGCAAUAGGCUACGCAGCUGGUGCGUUUUUUUUGGUCGCCUGGUUGUCUAGUUGUUGUUUUUUACUCUGAAUGCGCUACACACGGUCCAAACCGCUCUUCCAAUUCAGAGGUGUUAGAACAAUAUGAUCUAUCUUCUAAUUCAUUAUCACAUGAUUCAUACAAUUAUUUAGGGUUGCUCGACUCGAUCGAACAAGCAUUGCGUCCAUCAUUUAUCAACAUGUCAGGAGAGAAACAAAGGGUCACGGAGGAAAAUUUACAGGGCUCCUGGGUGGAGUUGCAUUUUAACAACGGCAGCAGUCAAGGCUCCCCCGGGGAUGUGGCCGUUGGGGUGGUCGAAGACCAGGCGGCUGGCCCCGGGUCUGCUGCCUCUGUCUCCAUCCGGGGUGGACACCCGACGGCAGGCCCUUCCUCCAUCCUGCCUGGGGACUUGGCAACCGGGUCUCCUUCCAUCCCAGCCCAGGGGAGUGAGCUGAUUUCCGGGUCCGGUGCGGUUCAAGGCGGGGCAGACCUGGAGAGGCUGUUGUUAGAUGCCCAGCGUGAGUCAGGGAGGAGCAGCUCCAGGGGCAGCGUGCCCUGUGACAGUCCUCCAAGACCCCAGACUCCUUUGCACCGCUGGGGUUCGGAGGUGCACAGCUCAGGAGAGAAAAACAGCUCACAGUCAGAAGAGGAUUACUUAGAAAGGAGGCGUGAAAUAGAGAACCUGAUGAAGAAGAAUGCAGACUGGAUCUGGGAUUGGUCGAGUAGACCUGAAAACGUCCCGCGCAAGGAGUUUGUUCUGAAGCAUCCUAAACGUGCCAACCCUCUCAGCAUCAGAAACACCAGUGUCAUGAAGAAAGGUGGCAUUUUCUCUGCUGAGUUCCUCAAGGUCUUCCUCCCCUCUCUGUUCAUAUCCCACGUACUUGCCAUCGGCCUGGGUGUGUACAUCGGAAGACGCCUAACCACCUCCGUGACCAGUACCAUCUGAGAAGGAGGUCCCUACAAAACUGGAACGACAUUGCUUUCGCAUCAACACCACUACCAUCUGCCACAGCUACUAGGCAUGAAGUGACGCUUAUUAGUUAGAAAUAGGCUCUGUCAUGUUUCCCCAGUCCCUGGCUGGUACAGUGGCAAAUGGCACGCUGUUCAUUAUAAAGUGUACUACUUUCAACCACAGUUGCCGCAGGGCUCCGGACUAAAAUAACGCAUCACAUAGGACUCAGUGUGCCGUUUCGGCCACAGAUCCCUUUUCCUGGCGGAAGGCCUCACGCGCCCUAUUGUACCCCUGUGAAUACUGUUGGCUUUUCCCCUAGUUCCCACUGCCGCUGUUAAAACCAGUUUCACUGGAAAGUAGACCCCAGUGUUCCUCCUUCCUGCCUGUGUUCUAUGUCCGAUUAGGGGGACCAUCUUAUGGUCGUUUUGUAGCCAUUGUUGUGAUCAGCUGAUUUUCACUUUGUCACUUUCAAGCCAUGUCUAUCUUGCUCCGAGUUGAGACAUUGUAGCAGACCUAUCAGGCAGUUGAUGAUGGGUACGAGAUGGUCUGACGGUGGUUCAGAAAUGUCCUGUGGAUUUUAAAUUCAUGGCCACGUGAGUGAUCAUAAUCGUGGAAGUUACAUUGGAGGGGGUCUGUGUUUCCAAAUACACGAUGAAGUAAUGAUUGCUUUGUCAAAUGUCUUGGUUUGCAAAAAAAAAAGAGGAUUUAAGCAUUGAAUGAAAAUACAUUUCAGACACUGAUUCUACACCUGGAUCGCUAGGCCUUAAUUAUUAAACAAGGUAACAGUCUGAGAUUACAAAGAGUUGAAAUAGAAAAUCUUCAAAUAGUUUUUAGAACUAUUGGAGACAUGAGGUAGAGUAGGGUAUCGUAUCUUAUGUCUUAUCCUACAUUAGCCCUUAUUAGGUCACAAACACAAUUCUAUCAUCUGAUGUUCUGUCAGCGCCUGUAUUUUCAGUUGGCUGGUCAGGGUAUUAUUCUUCACUCAGGAUUCUGUUUUCGGGGACAGCAACACACAUUUACUGAAUGGAUGUGUACUGCUAGACUUAUGCAUACAAAGUAAAUGUUAUUUGUCAAGCGAAAUGCAAACCCCAACUACUGCUGUUUUAUAAUUGGUAGCUAUUUGAUUGCCUUAUUUUGCCCGCAUGACUUUGAAAUUCACUGUUUUUUCACGCCAUUGACAUUUACAGUACAUGUGCUGAUUGGGUUGAUUUAUCCAAAUAAAUUAGCAACUGAGGGAUUUUAAAUAAUUUUCAUUUAGCUUACAUUUCACUGAAUUAUGAAGUUCAAUAUUCUCUCAAUGCUUUAAUAUUUUGUUCUAAGAAUGAAAAGUGCAACUAUGAGCUUUGUGGAUAAUGAUUAUUUUACACAAUGUUUUGAAAGUCUUGCAUAGGGAUGAACGAUCUUUGUUUCUGCAUGUCUUGUAGAGCUUUUCAGCAUGCCAAGUGUAUGUGAAUCAGAAAACUGUUAAGUUUGAACUGUAACUUAAAAAAUAAACGGUCCCAUCUUGAAAA